AUUACAUACUUCUUGAAUGUUAUGCUGCCUAGUUCGAUAGUGCGGGUAGAUGCAACAAUGCUACCAGCAGCAGUACCGUCAGAGGUUGGACGCAAUUGUGUUAUCAGCAAUCUCACGUGCUCCAGCUAUACACCGCUUGGUACUUAUAAGACGUUCCCGGUUUCGUAAUCGUGGGACAUUAACCUGGCGCUUUACCCUCGCGGCACUUAACGCGCCAUUUCAAGACGCCCGGACAACGCUGCGAGCACUUCGUUAGCGAGGCACCCCUAAUGGCGUCCCUAAUGCGGAACAUUACGGACAUGGCCUCAUCUCGCCGUCCGCGGCCCCCUUUGGCUUCGCCAUCCCGGCGACCUGUAACUUGCAAGUGUACAUCCUCCGCGCAACCACGCAGCCCCUUGGACGUUAUCAUCGUGGGCUCAGGCAUAGGUGGCUUGACAGCUGCGUCUGCCUUGCUGGAGGCCGGCGCCCGUGUGCGCAUUUACGAAUUCCGAAAGAAGGAUGAUGCGCUUACAGGUCCAGGCGGCAUCCAAAUCCAGGCCAACGCAGAGAAGGUUCUCCGGCUGCUGCGGUCCUCCUGGAUCGCACCGGGCGAUGCUACUGCCGCCGCAUCUGCUACUGCUACUGCCGCCAACAAAGACAGCAGCAGCACAGGCAGUAGCAGCACUGAAACCGGCGGCAGUAGCAGCUGCUACAGCCUGAGUGACGCGAUCUACGAAGUGGGAGGCCCCAUCAUGUCCGGCGGCUUUCGCAACGAGAAGGGCGACUAUCUCUACUACUCCGACAUCGACUCAGUGGGCCUAACCGACAUUCAAUCCAACGGUCUCUCCAUUUCCCGCGGCUCCCUGCAACGCAUCCUUUACUCCGCUCUGCCUCCCGGUCUGGUCACCUUUGGACGCUCCUUCGCUGCCUUUAACGCGCCCCCGCCGGGCGCCCCGGGGAAGCUGCAG